AAUAUUCUUCCACCCGAAACAAAUUUUUUUUUUUUGGGAAAACGAAGCCUUUCUCAAGAACGAACCCACCUAGGGCUUGCUUUUGUUUCUGUGUUUGCUGUGAUUUUUCUUCGAUCUAUAAUCUUCGUUUUUACUCCUCAGCUUUUCGGAUUUCUUAGAAGCUCUUUCGCGUCCAGAUUUUACUGCUGGGCAAGUUGGUGAUUGAGACAGGACAUCGUAUCAAACAAUUUUAUGAUCUUAAAUGGUGGAUAGAGGAUCUUGAAGGAAUGUCUGACUUGUGUAUGUAUAAGCUCAAGGAUAAUCUUUGGAAAGAUUUCACUGAGAUUGAUGAUUAUAUAGUGCCUCAUGUUGGUGAUGAACUUUGGGAUCUAUUUGAAGUACGGAACGAUACUCUUGAGAAUUCUAAUCGCCGAGUUGGCUUUAUGAGCAGUGCUUACAGUGCAUCUAAGUUCAGUUUUCUUGGUAAGGAGAAAGUAAAAACACAAACAUCAAUCAUGAAGAAUACAGUGCUGGAAAAAGAUUCAUGGUCUCAUACACCUGAUGGUGCUCCUUCUUCAUUAAACAGUGAUACAAUCAAAGAUAUGAAAAUGGAAUCAAGCAGUCUUAGUAUGUCAAACCACUGCUUUAAAACGGACGUGGGUACAGAUCUUGAUUACUGCACUGAUGAUCAUAUUGUAACUGAUAAUAGCGCUGCAGACGAGAAUGACAUGUAUCAAUAUUCAGUCAGUCAUAUGUCCCAAACAGAUAAUGAUAUUAGUUUUCUGGACGAUGAUCGUGAAAACAACGAAAAUAACGAUCUUCUGUAUUAUGGGUGGCAAGAUAUUGGAAGUUUUGAGGAUGUUGAUAGGAUGUUUAGAAAUUGUGAUUCGACAUUUGGGCUUGGGAAUCUAAACAACGAAGAUGAUCUACGCUGGUUUUCCCCAUCCCAUGGCUCGGAAAAACAUGAAGAUCCAUCAAAGUCAAACUUUAAGUUUUCAUGCUGUGAAGGAAGUACAAUAAUUGAUGCAUCUGAAUUUAACGAAGAGUCUAAUCCCGUGAAUUCCGAACCUUCACCUGAUGGUCUGAACAGAAAUAAUAUUUUAAAUGGAUGCAAGGUGAAUGAUGGGACUACAGAUCUUGGCGACUCUGUUGCUAUUAGUCACUUGUCAGCUGCUGACAUGUCAGAUAUGAAAAGCAAUUCUAGAGGUGACUUGAUACCUAGAACACAGGAAUCAUCUUAUGCUUCUGAUCAACUACAGUCUAUGCAUAGCUCUCAUUAUCCUUCCUUUGAUGCUCCAACAACUGCAGCAAAUGAAAAUAGAGAAAAAGUGUACCACCAGGAUUUACCAGCCUCAUUCAACAAGAAUUUCACUUUUAUGUCUGCACCAAGUUCGGAAACAUUCAAUGCUUCGUUUCCAGUUAGAAAGCAGGCUCCAAGGUCUGAAAGUGAAAUUGAUGACGGUCACAGUGAAACUGGAGUAGUUAGCAGAGGAACUAGAGCAGAAUUAGAUUCUUCAAAUGCCCAGGAUAAGUCUUGCAGGGGCGGCACGAUGCUGGAUGGAAUUUCACUGGAAGCAACUAGUUUUCGCCAGCUUCAACAAGUAAUGGAGCAGCUGGAUAUUAGGACGAAGCUGUGCAUAAGAGACAGUCUCUAUCGCCUGGCAAGAAGUGCAGAGCAGAGACAUAACUGUGCGAAUCUCAAUGAGAAUAUUGGAGAAGAUAAACUCGCGAGAGAUCCAUCGUCAAUUGAUCAAGAUGCCAACAGGAGUGGAGAUUUCUUGGAUUUGGAAACUGAUACCAAUCCUAUAGAUCGGUCAGUUGCCCACUUGCUAUUUCACCGGCCCUCUGAUCCAUCGUUAAUGCCUGCUGGUGGUAACACCUUGCCUCUCAAGUCAAACAAACUGCAGACUUAUUUCCAACCAAGAGAUUCACUGGCCUGUCACCAAUUUGCAGGUUGCCACCAAUAACCAAAAUUUCCAGGACGAAACCGGUGGAGCUGCUGCUGCUUGUGCAGAUCAAAAGCCGCUGUCAAAUAGGAAAAAACCAUGAGCAGUGAGCUCUGUAAAAUAUUGUGAAAUAGCACGCACGUGUGAGUCCCGCCAUCGAUGCAUGGAGUGAUUCGUACUCCUUUAUAACCUUGCUCUGUGAUAUAUCCCCAGUUCCUCCAUGCAUCCAUGUUGGUCCAGGUCCUUCAAAUGCUUACCUUGAAUGGCCAAGUAGGCUAUAAUUAUAAUAGUCUUUGGCUAAUGUAUUAAGAGCCUGUUUUAAUAUGCUGAUUACGAAAGUGUUAAUGUGCAUUAGUUCUUGAUUUGAUAGGCUAAUCACAAUUCACAAUCUUGCAACUUCUCCCCCCUGUGGCACUGUUAGGAAAUGGGCUAGCCAUGAUUUAUGGAAAUUCAAAUUAUUUCUGGUUGUAUGUUUUAGUGAUCUAAUUGAGUUUAAGGCUUAGAUUAUGU